UUCAGGUAGAAAAAUUGUUAACCUGCAUGUGUGUUCGUAAAAAUCAAAGUGCAGCGAUAAUGGUAUAAUAAAUUGUGAUUUUAGUUUCACACGGUUUUCUUAUGCAUACCAAAGUAUACUUCAUUUAAAUUGAAUCUAUUUAAUUCAUUUCAAAUUUAGCCAGUUCAAAUAUACAUAUGAACGAACAAUGGGCGGACAUACACCUAUUUUCAGUGACUUUAAAAUAUAAUGAGUCUUAGUUUAUUUAUAAAAAAAUGGCACUCGAAAAAAGCAAAUAUUAUUUUUCUGAUGAACCGAAAUCAGAAUUUGUUUGCAUAACGUUAUUGUUAGAUUUGCUUUCAAUAAAUUUAAACACUCAAAUUGACAGAAAGAUUAUUAAUUAAAAGGGUUUGAAGUUUAAGCGAUAAAGAAUAAAAGAAAUAAUCCGAAAAAUGAAAGAUUAACUUAUGGAUUAUAUCAACCGAGCAGUGACACUACGCCAUAACAGUGAAUUGGUGCUAUUGUCGUCGGGCAAUGAGACACCUAACAACAACCGUUAAUGUGAAAGUGAGAACUACACAAAUAACAUAAUAAUUCAACCAUUUUAAAAUCUCGAGUGUAAACUAGGAUUCCGUACAAGAUCCGAUAUUGAUAAAUAAACAAACAUAUUACUUGACUUCAAAUAGAACGAAGACAUGAGUAUAUGAUAAGAUUUAUUAGUGCUUUCCUCAAAUAAUUUACAAAUAUACCUCUUGGAUAAAUUUUGAUUAUUUUAUCAAAUACACAAUGGAGAAAUGGACUUGGAAUUUCAGAAAUAUGGAUCAUCUUCAUAUAGCAGUCAACUCUACUAUUAGACAUAUUAUGCAAAAUGAAAGGAGUAAAAAAUGGAACAAGGUUAUAGAAAAUUAUAAGAUACUACUCUUUAUGGUCAGCAAAAAGAACCUUCCUGAGGAUUACGAACCUCCGCCAUCAUACAAUAUGCUGUUGUAUGAAAUUUACUAUCAUUUAGGAGUAGCUUAUCAACAUUUGAAAAAUCCGAAAAAGUCCGCUGAAAGUUUUACUAGUGCAAUUUCAGCUGUUUCAGCUCCAAAGAACGGAUGUUUGGCCGGAUGUGUAACAAACUCUUGUUUGAUGACACCAUUGCAUGCCAGGCGAGCGUUUUCUUACUCCCAAAUGGGUGAACAUGAGAAAGCGUUAAAAGAUGCAGAAAGAUGUGUUGUACUUGACAGCAGAAACCCCGACUUGUAUUGUAUCAGAGCUUUAGUCAAGAGUACAAUGGACAAGGACAGUUGGACAUAUAAAGGAAAUGGUAGAAGAACAGAUCUUAAUUUCAUGGCAGAUCUUGAUAUUGCAUUGAAACUCAAUUCAAAACAUACCUGUGCUUUGGUUCUACGAUCUGCUAUGUUGGAAGAACAGUCCAUUGCCGCUCGAGGUACAAUACCAGUUUACCAGAUAGAGACGGAUCAAUGUAGAAAUAUUACGACUUUUACUCACCCAUCAAUACUGGAGUUUUAUGACAAAUACUUGUAUCCAUUAAGUGUUCCACAUACAAUAAUUUCGAUUAACCUUACACCAGAUAAACCAAACAAGAAAAAGCUGGAGUGCAAGCAACUACAAGAAUAUAACAGAUCACCAAAUGCAAAUUCUCCAAACGAACAAGAAAUAUCUGUACAGCAACCUCCCUUUAGAUGUGGGACACCAGGAGGCACAGGCAAUGAUCGCUCGUCAGUUAGACGAAGACAUGACUAUGCGAAAGCAAUUCAGAAAUUUAUGUCCCGACCGAAAACAGCUUCUGAUUACUUUGCUCAGUUAGAACGUGGAAUGAAACUGAAAGCACAAAAAGAGGAAAUAGAAAGUAGACGGGCAAUUUCUGCGGGAACCUGCAGACAGCAAAUUAAUUCAAAAAAUUUAUCAAAGACUUCAAAUUUAUCUCAAUCUGUAUCAACUAUACAUUCACCAACAAGAAUGUAUGAGCAAAAAGAAAACCUAUCACCUUCUACUCAGCCUUCACCGUCUAGUCACAAUCGUAUGUUAAUGUGUUCAAAACUUCAGAAUGUUUUCAAAAAGCCUGGCACUGCUACAACGCAUAAGACUGGAACUAGUAUAGCGACCAAGACUUCCGAGUUUGUUGUUCCAACGCCGGAGACUUAUUCAAUACCUGUUUUCCAACCAGUCAACAUCAGAGAAGCUCCUCGUAUGUACUAUAAGCCUUGGAAAGGAGACAAACUUCCUGUUGCUGAAAUAAGGAGAAAAGCUUUUACUCCAAAAUUUAUAUGAAAAAUAUAUAUAAACUUAUACGUGUCAACUGGCGAUCUCAAAGUGUUGUGUAUUGUUAAACAUAUUUUAAUAAAGAAUCUAUGUUAUGCAA